GCGGGCCUAGGCCGCGGCUCCUCCCCGCCCAGUUGCGGACGGAGACCGAGGCAGGAGGAGGAAGGAGAAGAGGCAGCAAAGGCAGCACUCGCUCCGGAGGCCCCGCGCUCGGACCCCAGAAAUGCCCUUCAAAGGACUGUGCAAAACACCGAGGAGGGUGCUGUGAUGUCUGAAACUGUGCAGAGGGGCUGCUCUCUGAAGCAUUUUGUAGGUGCCAAAGACCCGGUUGGCCACUGUGUGGGGCGAGACAAGUGGGUGCAGGAGCCCCAGCGGAGGGCUGAGAUGGACUGGCUGUGACGGCCUGCCGCAGGUGGAGGAGCAGGGAGUUAUGAUGAAGAGUUCCUGCCGAGCUGGACUCCACCGGGAACUGCUGAAUUCCACAUCCUCCACAUUCCACCCAGUCAAACGAAUAUCUGGCAUGCACUUAAAGCCAUAUCUCAAGUUGCAGAAGAAGGAGCGGUCUCUUGACUUAAGCCUGGACUCCCCACGAAACCCACCCAUGAGCCAGCAAAGGGGGGCCAGUGAAGAGGAGCCUGCCAGCGCUUCGCCGAGCCUUUUCCCCAGUCCUUCUCUCCGAAAGCCCCUGCGUGGCAUCUCCCCCAACAUCCUCUGCGUCAGGAACAACAGCCAAAGCCAUGCGGAGGGACCCAGCGUCAAGGAGAGGAGAGCCGCCCAGCCUGCCACCAUUCACCAGGGCGACGACGGGGAAGCACCCCUCGAUAUUUGGGCGGUCGUGAAACCGGGGAACACCAAGGAGAAGAUUGCCUUCUUUGCCGCCCAGCCGUGCAGUGACCACAGGGUGUCCUCCAUGAAGAACAAAAGCAGCUGGGACAUCGACAGGAGGGCGACGAAGCGGAGGAAAAAGUCCCUCGAUAUCAAAAGGGCCAAGGUCCACCUGGAAAAGAUGAGAGAAGCCAGCGGGAGGUGCCACCAGCCUGAGCCAUUUGCCUGCAGCAUUGAGCACUGCUCCGUACAUAAUGUGAAUGAAGUCGGGGAGGGGGGCUUCCCGGGCCGGCCCCUGUCGGUUGUCGAGAUGGUCGCUUUCCUGGAACAGAGAGCCAGCCUUUUGCUGGGCGGCUGCGCCAAAAAUUGCCCCAGUGCCUCUGCCGUGAUCAGAUUCCCAGGGCAGCCCAAAGCCACUGCCCCUUCUACCCCCGGAUCUUUCUCUGCCGUCGGAGCUGAUGAGUCGCCGUCUGAAAAGGCACCCUGCCGAGGAAAUGGCGGAGGUGGCGGCGGCAGUGACGGCGGGCCACAAGCCGAGCCGGUGCGUGUUUUGGAAAUGGUCGCAAAGCUUGAAUCAGAGUGCCUGAGGCGCCAGAGCGAGCGAGAGGCAGGGAGCCUGUCCCGGAACAACAGCUUCCGGCGGAACGUGGGGCGGGUCCUUUUGGUGAGCGGAACAGCACCCGAAAAUGGUGCCGAGAAGGUGUCCUCUGUUGGGCAGGAAGAGCACAACGACGAGGGGGUAGGAGAGCAAUGGAAAUCGCAACACAGCUCUUCAGCAGAAGACAGCGGGUGGGAAGGUCUGCCCCCUGGCCAGCCAUCUCCAUCCGUUGGUGCCCCAGAAGUGAGGAAAGACAUUCAUCUUGAUCAAGGAAACUCAGAUAGUCCAAUGAUCCCCAGGCCCUCUCACCUUCCAACAUAUCCAGCCCUAGCUCAGGCGUGCCCACAUUCCUUGUGUAGCAAGAACACCGUUCUUAGCAGCACAUCUCAAGAGCCAGUUUCGAAUUCAAACAUCCGUGUGACAGAAUCUGUGAGUAUUUGCAUAUCAGUCGCUAGGACGGAGAAAGGUCGCAGGAAGAGCCAACCUUCCGACUCCAGCUUUGGUGAAGACGCCGUGCCGGGGAGAUUAUUUUUGCUGCUUUCUGAGUGUGGAAUCUCUCCAGAGCGCCCUUCGGAAGAACGUGAAGCGGAUGGUGCUCAAGGCCAGGAACUCAUUUCCGCUCGUUGCGUUUCCAGCGAAUUUCCCGAACUCCCUUCAGAGGAGAGCGCUCUGCAGACGCUCGGUUCUUCCGCUCUGAAGAGGCAGCGGUCGCACGACUUCUUGGAGACCCGCUUCAAGAUCCAGCAGCUUCUGGAGCCCCAGCAGUACCUGGUUUUCCUGCCCCACCACAUCAUCGUCAAGAUCUUUGCCUUGCUGCCCACCCGGAGCCUGGUGGCCCUCAAAUGCACUUGCGUCUACUUCAAGUUCAUCAUCGAGUACUACAACAUCCGGCCGGCGGAUUCCCGCUGGGUCCGAGACCCCCGCUACAGGGAAGACCCCUGCAAGCAGUGCAAGAAGACGUACUCUCGGGGGGACGUCUCUCUCUGCCGGUGGCACCCCAAACCCUAUUGCCAAGCGCUCCCCUACGGCCCCGGGUACUGGAUGUGCUGCCACCGGUCCCAGAAGAGUGUCCCCGGGUGCAAGUUGGGUCUCCACGACAAUCACUGGGUCCCCGCCUGCCACAGCUUUAACCGCACGCUUCACAAGAAAUCCAGGGAGUCGGAGGAGGACUGUUAGGGCAUCCUUGCGAGAGCCACGAGCUUUGGUGGUAGGACGAGGAGGAGGAGGACUCCACGCCUUGUGUGAUGUUUACACUGUAAAUAGUUUGUGGGUGGUUGUUUCCUUUUUUUUCCCUUUCCACAGGGCUACGAAACUGCACAUAUUUUUUGAAUCACAAAAGCCUUUUGACCUUUUUAGAGGACACGUCGUGUGUUAAGGCCAUCUCUGUACAGAAAUAAAAGCUCUCAAAUCUCUUUUUUUUGUCCCCGAGAGUGUCGAACAAGCAUUAAUUUUGCUACAACGCAGGUAUUGGAGAGUGUUGCGGCUACAAGUCCCGUCUUUUAAAGUGUCUCGUUCUCAGUCUGUGUAUAUCCUGUAUAAAGUAUACAUACGUAUAUAUAAAUAUAUAUAAAAUAUAUAUAUAUAAAAUAUAUAUAUUAAAAAUUGUUUCUGAAAGGAAACUCUAAAUAGAUGAAAAAAAGAACAAAUCUUCGGAAAAAAAGAUGGUUUAACUGGACAACUUAAAACUAGACUUAGAACAAAUAUUUGUGAUAUCAUAGGGUGGGAACUGAUCAAAAGAGGAAUAUUGUGUAGGGAAAGAGUUUUAAGAAGAGCUCUGGUCUACUGUGCCCACCUUGCCUGGUUUUCUGUUUAUUUUGUUUUUUUACUUAAAUAAAAUGUGCAUUCUCA